AUGCCAGAAGUCAAAGGGCGUUGGGUCUAUCUAUUGGGCCUUGCGCUCCUGCUUCUUACGCCGCUUCUACAUGCAAAAGCUAUACCUACCACGCCAGGCUGGAAUGACUGGCAGGAUGCGUCUUUGCACGUCGCCUCUGGACAGUCAAUCCAAGCUGCCAUUGAUUCAGCACACCCUGGACAAGCUAUCAUCGUGGAAGCUGGCACGUACGCAGAACAAGUGACCAUCACAACAAGUGGGAUCAAGCUCAUUGGCAAGGGGGCCAGCAUUGUGCCUCCAGGUUCGCCCGUCCAGAACACAUGCUCUGGCUUGGCAGGCCCGGGCACUGAAGCUGGCAUCUGUAUCCAAGGACAAGACAUUGUUUUGGCAGAUUAUGUGCAGGAACACAGAAAAGUGCUCUCUGUAGGUCAAGCUGUUCGUGGAGUCCUGGUCACCGGCUUCGAAAUCAGUGGCUUCUCUGGCCUGGAUAUAGCCGUGGUUGGAGGACAAGACUGCAGGGUGGCGAAUAACAUCCUCUAUGAUGGUGCUCAAUACGGCUGCCUUACCGUCGGCUCCGAGAACACGGUGGUCGAUACCAACACUGUUGCCGCGACAGCUGAUAUGUUGUUCAUUGGCAUCUGCAUGGACGACAUGUCCAAUGUGCGUACGACCAAUAACGAUAUCAGCAACUAUGCCAUUGGCCUCUGUGUCCAGACCAAUGGUGCUUUCGUCCAUGGUAACAGUGUCACGAACAGCUGUAUCGGAGCCUAUGUCGAUCCCGGCGUGACCGGCGCUCAGGUCAUCGACAACCACAUCAGUAACGCAAACCCCAUUUGUCCCUCGAUCCCGGAUCUGGGUGUACUUGGAGUUGCCAUGAUCGGGGCGUCGAAUACACUCGUCAAGCAGAACACAAUCGAAGGGCUGACGGCUAACGGUGUCAACGACGCAACGGCUGUGGGCGUGAUUAUAAUCGAUGACCCAGGCACGGGAACCCCUGCGUCUGGCAACUUGGUCGUUGGUAACGUCUUACGAAACAAUGAUUUCGACAUCUUUGUCAAUACGACUGGUACAAACAACGUGAUCGAGGACAAUCAAUGCUCGACGCCGGCCGAGUUGUGUACCUGA